GCAAGCGACUUCCGGCGGCCAUUGUUUGACUCGUGGUGAACGUUUUGCUGCUGUGCGGUAUAUUUACAGCAGAGCGAAUCGCGUUGACAAUGUUCACACAGAAUCCUAUGAAAAGACCUUUCGAAGGAGGCGACAAUGUCUCUGGUUGGGGUGCUGGAAGCAACCCAAAUAUGGGCAAUAAUGGUAGCAAGGCAGAAGAUAGGAAGAAGAAAAGGCGGAGUCGAUGGAACACAGAGUUUGAUGACAAGACUGUUAUUCCAGGAAUGCCAACUUACAUUCCACCUGAUCUCACAGCAGAGCAAGAACGACAGUACUUGGUGCACCUACAGAUUGAAGAAAUAAGUCGUAAGCUGCGCACUGGGGACCUUGGCAUUCCACCUAAUCCAGAACAAAGGUCUCCUUCUCCGGAACCCAUAUACAACAACGAGGGGAAGAGGCUGAAUACAAGGGAGUACCGGACAAGGAAACGUCUUGAAGAGGAUAGGCAUAAACUCGUGCAGGAAGCACUGCAAUUGAAUACAGACUACAAACCACCACCAGAUUACAAACCUCCAGUGGUGCGGGUCAGUGACAAGGUGAUGAUACCACAGGAGGAACACCCAGAUAUCAACUUUGUUGGUUUGCUGAUAGGUCCCAGAGGAAAUACGCUGAAAAACUUGGAAAAAGAUACUGGUGCGAAGAUCAUCAUAAGAGGCAAAGGUUCAGUAAAGGAGGGUAAGAUAGGCCGUAAAGAUGGGCAGCCACUGCCAGGAGAAGAUGAACCUCUACAUGCAUACGUCACAGCGAACAACCCAGAGAAUGUUCAGACUGCUGUUGAGAAGAUCAAGGAGAUUAUACGACAAGGUAUUGAAGUUCCUGAAGGACAAAAUGAUCUCAGAAGGCAGCAGCUUAGGGAGUUAGCCCUCCUCAAUGGAACACUGAGGGAGAAUGAUGGAUUAGCGAAAUUGAAACAGCUACAACAGGCACAGACAAUCAUCACAAACACAAUCAUCUGUACAGUGUGUGGCGGCACGGGUCACAUUGCACAAGAUUGUAAAGAGAAAAAACCUGGUGAUGGUUUCAGAAUGCAGCAGGCCCCUAUUCAAUCACAAGCUGAUAAAGCUAAAAUGGACAGUGAGUAUAUGUCUCUGAUGGCAGAGUUGGGUGAAGGCCCUCCACCUAAAGUAGAAAGGCCAUCUCAUGUUUUCAAUCAACCCAGACACUCAAACUUCAAUCAGCCACCACCAAACCCUAUGGCAAUCAAUCCUCCAUGGCCUCAGAACGCAGGUGCUAAACAUAACUUAGGGCCACCUAGUUUCCAAACCCAACAGCAACAUCGUGGGGGCAUGCCUCAGGUGAGCAAUGCCUCUCAAAUUCAACAGCAUGGUGUGAUAAGCACAGGUAUGCCCCCUGGCGUCCCACCCCCGCAACAGUUCACCACUGCUCCCUCGCUAGCACCAUGGCAGCAGCCCAACAGUUCUGCACAGUCUGGAGUAACAACAUCUAUGGGUGUUCCCCCACCCCCUCCUUCACUGCUGAAUCCGCCGCCACCACCUCCACCAAACAACCAACAUACCUCCACACCCUGGAUGCAGUACUCACAAGCAGGUCCAGUUCCUCCACCACCACCAUCCACAACAGCUCACUGGCAGACACAAGCAUCAGCGCCACCUCCACCAUCGAAUUUGCCACCAUGGCAACAACAGGCUCCACCCCCUCCUGUUCAACCCCCCAUGCCGAGUGGUGUAGCUCCACCACCACCGCCUGUUAGUCAGGGUUACAACCCUGUACCUCCUCCUCCGCCCCCACCUGGUGGUUUUGAUGUCAAUCAACUGGGUGGCGUGAACCCUAUGCUGGUUCCACCGCCACCACCACCACCCCCUUCAUCUUAAGGUCAAGUUUUGUCAUAGUUAACGGAAUCACGGUGGAAGCGAAAUGUACUGCAUCCUGUUGAUGGUUUUCAAAUAGAUCCUUUAACAAAUUCAUCUUGUUUGCAAUAUGAUCUAAAUCAUCCAGUCUUUUUUUUUGUUAAGAGGUACUAAUACCCGAGUAAAUGCCUGUCUACAUAGUAGAAAAAGAAAAUCACUAAUAAUAUGGGCCUUAUUUGGUCAGAAGUUGAAGAGAAUAAUUUAUUCUGCUCCCAAUGCAAUUUUGGAGCAUCUAAAGGAUUUACAGUGAUAGUUUAAGCCAACAGUUUUUUUCAAGAAUUUGGAAGAUGGUUUUGUGUCCCUUAUUGUAUAGUUGUUUGUCUUAUUUGUACAUACAUGCACCUUUGAUGAUCAAGAAAUGUCAUCUAUCACUUGUACUAGUCCCAGUUUGUUUUGUAGAAAUGUGAUCAAUUGUAGGCAAGUUUUAUUUUCACUAAGUGCUGUUAACAUUGCUUCUAAUAAUUCCAUGUGAUUUUGUGCCAGGUUUGCAUUUCAUAACAUUCUCAUCACUUAAGUGGAAUACAAUCUGCUACUGGAUAUGGAUUAGACUUAUUCACCCAAGUUGUGUAUGCAUUGUUCUUCCUAAAUGUAAAUAUUUCAUUUCAUUCAGUUAAUUGUGUAGAAAUAAUUUCAUUUUGUGCACUUUUGUAUGCUUAAGUUAGCACUACUUUCCAAUGUAAUGCUAUACUAGUACUCAAAUGAAUUUGUACAAAUUAAAUAAGGAAAUAAAUAAAUAUGAAAUCAA